AGUGAGACAGUUCGACCGUUGAGUGUUAAAGUAGUUGAUUGCGGACAAUACCCGUGGUAUUAUAGAAAAUAUACUCAACAGAUACUAGACUUGACUGGAAUAGACUUAGACAGUGAUAGUGAUGUUGACGUAGAAAGGCUAGAUAAUAGCGAUGAAAAUGAUUGUAUUAUAGUUGAAGGUUUAAAAAAUGUGUCUAAAAGUGGAAUAAAUGUAAUAAACUCAAUGGAAUCUGUACUAACAGCAAUGCGUUUGAGUAACAACCAGAAAAGACAAAAUGCUACUAGGAUUAAAGAAGAGUAUGAGAUUCAAAAAGCUUUGAGUUUAAGAAAUACAAUUAAAGUUGAUUUCAAGCGAAACCAAGGUCUUGUAGGUAUGAAAAUAAAGAAUUUACCUGUGAUGUUAAACUUUAAGAAUAAGAGAGGCCGGAAACAAGACUUGAAGAAGAGUGAAAAAACAGAUAACGAUGCUGUUGUACAUGCUGCUAAAGUAUUGCAGAAUGUUGGAACUGAAAUUAUACCUAUUAUAGAAAACGAGGGUGAAAAGUCGCAAAGUCACCUCCCUUCUGUUCCUGAUAAUAUAGAGGAUAGUACGGGAACUAAAGCCAUAGAAGAGUCUACUUGUACAAUUAAAGCUUAUGGAACUGCAGAGAAAAAUAUAAAUAGAAUAUGUGAACAAUUACUCAAUAGAAAGUCAAAUAUUAAUCCUGAAGUCAACACAAAUUCUCAAAAAGUUAAUAAAAGCAAUGUUAUUUCAACUAGUGACAAGAAGAAUGAAGUAGAAGAAUUGAAAAAUGUACCCAUUCCUGUAACCACAGAAAAGUCUCGAAACUCUGUAAAAGAUGUGACAAAAACAAACAAGUUCAAAAACGACCAGUUUAAGAAACGAAAUAAAACUUUACUAGAGUUAAUAACUUCGAAACCUAAUGUGGACCAAAUUGAAGUAUCAAACAAAAGUGAUAAUAUUCAAACCGAAGUUAGUGUGAGUACCGAACAUAAAAACAGGGAUGAUAAAUCGAAAUGCGAAAUAAAUUCACCUAUACUACCAUCCAGUCAUUCUUCAAUGAAAUCUAAAAACAAACGCGGUGAAUCUCUGAAGUGCAGAGAAGGUAAUAAUUCAUUAAACAAUCCAUCUCAAGCCUGCAUUAAUUUAAAUAAAAAUAAGUCUUUUGCUGAUCUCUUUGGUAAUACCGAAAAACUAAAAGAAGCUGGUCCUAAAAGUGCCAAUCCAAUGAAUAAAUCUGAUUAUAAUGCAGAACCCCCAUCUAAAGUGUCAUUUACAUCCAAAGAUGUAAUUAUAAGUCCAGUGAAAGAUAACCAGUAUACAAAAGCACCGGAAAAAGAUGUGACGAAUAGUAAUAAUAGGACUGGAAUGAACUUCCAGAAAAUUCCAUCGAUUUCCCAAGAAAGUACUGUUAAUAAAAAGGAUUCCGCUGUUGUAAUGAAGAAAACCACAAGUGCAGAUAGUCGUAAGAAAGCAAUUGUAGUGGAACAGAAGCUAGUUGGUGCUGAUAACAUAAAUCCUAGUCAUGUACGCAAAGAUAACAAAGACAUUUCAAUGAUUGCCACCUUAGAAAAUAUCGGUUUAUGUAAGGAAACUGAUAAACAAAAUGCGAGUAGCACGACGACGUAUGUUGCAACACUGGAUAUUCCAUGUCAUUCAUACAAACCUACUCAAGCUUCAAAAGUCAAUCUUCCCAAUCCAAAUUCUUUACCCAAUAAAAAUAAUGAUUUACCUAAUUCUGGUAACAGUUUUGAGCGCAAUAGUAUUCAAAUGAUGGCAAAUACAUCUCAAAAACCAAACAUUCAGACCGCUCCGAAUAAUAGCCACCUGCCAGGUCACGUCCAAGCUGAAAGCUAUCGGAAAACGAAUAUUAUGCGUAAAGCGAUGCACAUUCCAGUUCAUACGCAGCCACAGUGUCCGUAUUAUCGAAAGACCCGUGUUCAAUAUCAUUCUGAAUUGCCUUUUAGGUACAGUCAAUAUAUUCCAAGUCCAGGAAAUGCUAAAUCCUAUGUCCCGUACUUGAAAAACUCGACUUAUCUUGGUCGUGUGCCUAUACAAAGUCAGUCAGUUAAUGCCGACAGGCUGUCGCAAAAACUCCCUCUUUUAAUGUCACCUUUGAAUCCUCAACUAACUUCACAAAGGCACGCUCUUGAUGGGAAUUUCGGGCCACAAUAUGGUGGUUCUCCCUUCAAUUCAUCAGUUCCAAUACCCCAGACCUUGCCUGGACCUAUCAACCAACCCUAUCCUUAUUAUUUAAAAACAAACAAUUAUCCCGUCAAUGAAAAAAAUAAUUUAAAGAAAACGAAUGUUAAAUUAAUGCCAAAUAAAGACGAUAAUAGUAAAGGUAAACAAAAAGUAGAAGAUAUCAGAAUAAAGACCACUGAGACACCGAGUGCGAAUGCAGAAGUAGUUGCAACUAAGACUGAAAUGUUGAAAGAGUUAGACAAAUUAUCAUUCGAUGAUGACGCAAAGAAAGAUUUGAAAAGGAAAAAUCCUCAUGUCACUUGUGAAACCGAACGAACCAGUAGUGUUGUAACUUCGGAUACGGCAAAAAAAACAACGAAAGUUGACGAAGCAUUAAAGACACCUGUAUCUAACAGAAUAGAGUUUGCAACCAAAUAUUCACCACCUAUUCUCCCUAUACCGAGAUAUGACCAUGUUCUAAACCACAUUGUUUCGGACCCUCGUGGACAAAUUGAUAAAACUAAUACAGUUACAGAUAAAACUUCAAAACAAAAAAAUACGAGUGAAAUGAAACCAGUCCAGAACACAUUAAAACGUUGUAGGAAACGCAUCAGCCACGAAUUUAAGGAACCAAGUUGCAGUAGAAGGAAGUGCGAUGGAAAGAAGAUUUCUUUAGAGGAAUACAAGCAAAGAGUUUACGUUAAAAGUGCAUCCGAACUUUCAAAAAGGCCAGGCAAAGAUAAUGCUAAUAUUAAAAAGUACAGGGGUCCGGGGCCUAGAAUGUAUAAGAAACACUGUAAUCGUAAUCCAGAAUCUGAUCUAGGAUAUGACUCUGAUAGUACAGUAGUACUAUAG